AUGUCGUCAAUCCACCAGACCAUACUCGUGCAGGGGCUCGGACUCCUCCUUGAGGUGAUCCUCCACAUUGAACUUGUAGAGGACGAAGAAGAACAUCUGGCGCCACUUCCAGUAGUUGUUGGUUUCGAGACUGAGCUUGAAUGGGAUGUAAGAAGUAUUGCUGAUAUGAUGCAUGGAAGGAGCAGGGACAAGGGGACCUGGGUGAGGAAGCAGCGCCGGCGGGGGGUGAGGGCAUUGGAAGUAAGGUGCAACUCACGAAUGAUGCUAGCUUGGAAAAACGGAAACAAAGUGAAAAUACGGAAACCAAAACGGAAUAUUGUGAAAUGGAAAUUGAAAUGGGAAAACGUUUUCCGGUGGAGCAUCCAUGGAAACGGAUCUGUGAGUAUGAAACUUUCUGUUUUUACCAUGGCGGCCUGGGGCGGGGUGAAGACAACUGUGGCAUCCCCAAGCGAGCAGCUGCGACAAUGGGUGCGUGGGGCGCUCAUGCGGAACGUGAGAAGGAUUUGA